AGUAGCACUGCCUUCAGUUUCACCCAGGCCGCGGACAGUUAGCCAGUAUCCGAUUCUCCGGAGACCGAGUAAGAAGUGAAUUUUCUGAAGCACAUCGUUCGUGGUCUAUACUUUAUCAGAAAAAAAAAUACAGCUCCCGUUUGGCCCGCUGCGAGUGUGUAGUGAAUCGAAAAAUAUCGCGCACAUCCUUGAGGUAUAGUGGUCACCGAAGUCUAUUUAAUCACAGUAGAAAAACCCUUCGAAUCGCCCAUCGUUUGGUGGUAACCUGACAACCAGUCAGUCAGCCUACUGCUAGGUUUUUCUCGAGCCACAUUUUUGAGGUUUUACACACAAAAGAACAGACCAGCUACAAUACGCCGUCGCAAGGAUCCCCAUUCAUUUCCCGGUUCCGGUGGUAGCGAGCUAAGGGCAGUGCCAAAUAUCGCUGCUGCAAUUUGUUCCGACGGGCUUCCCUUCGCGAUAUCAUCCAGAACAGAAUUUUCCCGUGCAUAUUUGCUCAAGUGAUCCGUCGUUUAUUAGUGGAGUGUGCCCAUAGCUGUCAUAGCAACGCCUCCCGCGCUCCAUCACCACCCCCCACCAGGUCUAGUAGUCGUUCAUCCUCCGGUGCGUCGGUUUGUGUUUGAAGAAAAUCAGAGCCACUACUGCCGAGUCGAGUCGAGUUGAGUCGAGUGUGUGCGUGAAGUAUAAGCACACGACAGCAGCAGCAAAAGCAAAAGAGCGAAACCCAUUGUUUUAUAUUUUUCCUUGGCUGCAUGGUUCGUUCGUCCGAUUGUCAGUAGAAAAUAUAAUAAUUAAAAAAUCGGUUGUGUGUUUGGGGGAGAAAGAAGCAAAAGAAAAAUAAAGAUAGACCAAAGAUAAAGGCAAUAAUACAUACGGCAGCGAAAUAGCGUAUCGCGUGUGAGAAGCAGUGUAGAGAAGUUCGGCAGCGGAGAAAAUAAAUAAUAAAAUAAAAUAAGGCGAUCCAUAUCAGAGAGGUGGAAACAUCACACGCACGAGAGUUACGAGUGAAUACAAAAGUGAAGAAAAGCUAGCAAAUAAAUAAAAAGGAAAAGGAUUCGAUUUUGUCUACGCGAUUGUUUUUCCUCCUUCCGUUUUCCAUCCGCGAUAGUGUGCGUGCGCGUCAAAUAGUGGUGGUGGUUGUCAGUGCUUAUCAUCUCUCGAGUAGCCGCAACAUUUUUCCUCCUGCGAAGCGACAACAAAACAGCAAAUCAAUGAUCAUGGCGUUCAAUGGAAACGGUGCCGGCGGUGGCCAGGAUGGGCCUCACACCAAGCGACUCUGCACCGGCCAGGAAAUGAUCGAGACGGUUCCGUUGAAUAGUCGGGCCUAUUUCCCUCUGAACAACAACAACAACAUCAACGUCACAGACGAGCCUCGGCGAAAGCGCGAGGUGGCAACCCGGCCCAACCAUAUCCUGCUGUUCACCAUCAUCAAUCCAGUCUAUCCGAUUACAGUGGACGUUCUACACACUAUCUGUCAACCCAACGGACCGGUGCAGCGUAUCGUGAUAUUCAAGAAGAACGGAGUCCAAGCGAUGGUUGAGUUCGACAGCAUUGAGUCUGCCACCAGAGCCCGGGAGGCGCUGAACGGCUGCGACAUCUACUCCGGCUGCUGCACCCUGAAGAUCGACUACGCCAAGCCAGAAAAACUCAAUGUUUACAAAAACGACACGGACUCCAGUUGGGACUACACAUUGGCUGCCACCAAGGAAUCCUGCAAUGGACGCGCCCCGCUGCUGCACGACCCAACCAUCUUCGGUGGAAGGCCCACUCCAUACAACGAUCGCCAAUCGUUAGAACCAGCUCUGCUCGGAACCGGCGGAGGAAAUGGCUUUGCGCCAAACUUUUCGCCACCCGAAUUCCACGCGUCGGAAAACUGGAAGCCAACCCCGGCCGGAACCCACGUUGGACUAAUGAAGGACCCACCGAUAGCCCGCAACGGACCGGCUAACUUCAUCCAGCCAGCACAGCAACAGGGCGCAGUCAUGAUGGUGUACGGACUUGACAAUGGCACGGCCAACACCGAUAAGCUGUUCAAUCUGUUCUGUCUGUAUGGAAACGUUGUCAGGAUAAAGUUCUUGAAGACCAAAGAGGGUACCGCCAUGGUUCAAAUGGGAGACGCCAUCGCAGUGGAACGCAGCAUCCAGCACUUGAACAACAUUCCAAUCGGAAACGAUGGCUGCAAAAUUCAGAUCGCAUUUUCCAAGCAAAAUUAUUUGUCAGAAUCCACCAAUCCUUACACUCUUCCGGAUAACUCGAUCAGCUUCAAGGAUUACAGCGCCUCCAAGAACAACCGCUUCCUGUCGUUGACCCAGGCCAGCAAAAAUCGCAUCCAGCCACCGAGCAAGAUCCUACACUUUUUCAACACCCCACCCGGCAUGUCCGAGGAUCAGCUGCUGACCGCGUUCACCAGCAAGGACUGCCACCCGGCACAGGUGCGAAUGUUCCCGCUGAAAUCGGAACGUUCCUCCUCCGGACUGGUCGAAUUCCCGAGCGUGGCGCUGGCGGUGAACGCCAUCAUGAAGUGCAAUCACAGUGCGAUCGACCACAAAGGCACAAAGUUCCCGUUCAUCAUGAAGCUGUGCUUCUCCUCUUCCAAGACAAUGAACGGCGCGUGGAACAACGAAAACAUGGAAAACAUGAACAACAUCACCGUUCCGACCAACCCAAUGGCGGCGGCAGCGGCAGCAGCAGCAGCUUCCGCCGCAGCAGUGGCCGCAGCGACCGGCGGAGUUGUGACGACGGUCACGACGGUGGGCCACAAACAGGGCGAUGACGAGCCAAUGUAAACAACGAUCCAACACCCCCUGUCCCUGCCCCCCUUUACACCAUACUCGGCGACCCGUCAUCAAAGCUGUUAGUUCUUAGUAGACAUAUGAAAGCAACCACUCCUUAGUCAUCCCCCUCCCAAAAGUGGGGGGGGGGCGGAGACAAAAGGGAAUGCUUUUUGGAAGCCGAAGAUACGCAGAUGUUUGUCAACUUUCGCCCACCCACCAACCAUCAAUACAAGUACUACUACUGAUACUGCUACUGCAACUAUUCCUUCGAACACCGCAGAAGAAAAGAAAACCUUAGCAAAUCAAAGAUUGUAGUGAUUAUGAUCAAUGACGAAGCUUGGUGAAAACAUUACAUUAGAAAAACAACAAGAAGAAAAUUAAGUCCAACGUCCGAAGACAUACAUAUAUCGCAAGAAAAAAAAGAGCGAAACAAAACAUAUGAGUAGCAAACAUUGAACGUAAAUUUGUACAGCAUUUUUGGCAGAACGCAGAGAAAGACAGCAGAGCUAGGAGCAUCAAUCACACACAGGACGGCGUUUGAUCAUUGAUUUUGUAGCGCAAUUAUCGACAUACGCUUUCACUUCAUUUUUUUUUCAUAUUCAACCUCCUUUUUUCAAUUGAUUUUUGUUUUUGUUAUUGUUAGUCAUAUGAGGGCCACUCAUCCACCCCAAGAUGGAGGAGGAGGUGGUGAGACGGAGAAGAAGAAGAAGAUUACAUUGAAAAAGACAUUAUUUAUUGCUUAGUUUAAGGCACUAGAGGUUAGGUUUUUUUUCUGCUAGUUCCCGCAACUGGUUGAAAGCAGUUGUUACUCGAACGUUUUCUUUUUUUUUUGUUUUUCAUUUACAUCCAGUGUAUAUCGAAUUAGCAUUGUGUAGAUAUAUGGGAGAAGAAGAACAAGUAGAACAUAAACGAGGGAGACAAUUGAAGGGAAAAUGAAUUUGUUGAACUAUUUUAAAUAAAUUUAAUGAGAAACCGCAAAUCGUAGCGAAAUUAGUUUCAAAUUGUACAUUGAAGUAGACGCAAAGAGGAGGAGGAAUGGAGAAAAAAAAAGAAAAAUGUCAAAAAAUUGAAUUUGAAAUCAUAGUUUAAGCAGUUAAGUUAGUUAAUGGAAAAAUUUGUAUAGAAUCGUCUUCAUUUCUACACUUUUCGUUACGAAUAACAACAAAUCAUCACGUUAAGCAAAACACACGACACCGUUACACACAUACAUAUACAAAACAUGGGCACCAUACACAACCAGAAGGUGUGGUGAGAACACACACACACCCACACCGAAGAGCAGGCAGAAAAUCCCAACAACUCUUGAAAUCAUGAACACUCUCUAACAACAACAACAACACAUCAAGCAUCUAAGGAAAAUACUUUUCAAAAAGCGCCAUCACUAAAUGUCAAUGCCGCAAUGCAAAAAGCGAUUCCAUUUGAAUUCGAGGGUGGAAUUUUUUUGUUGUAUUUUUUGGUUUGGCUCAAAUUUUGCACCAAUUUGCACCGUCGAUUUUCCAUUUUGACUCUAGCCUAGCUUUCGAAAAGGGCCCGAACAAAAAUUGCUAGAAAAUUUUCAAAAAACUAUAACUCAGAAAGGGUAGGUCCGAUUAUUUGAUGUCUUCCGCAAUGUAUUUAUUGGGGCUAUAGGCAGAAAGUAUGCUCCGUAAAAAAAGUUUUAUUUUUAUUUUAAUUCGAAAAGAACACUUAAAACUCGAUUUCCUCAAAAAAAGGUGUUUUUGAUUUUUGUUUACAUACAGUGAUUUGCCUCUAAUUGGACAUCUAGCUAAAGGGACAGACCUGUAAUGCGACACAAAUAAUUGGACAUUUGAGUCUCUAAUUCAGCUAACUUAAGGAGCGGCCGACAGGCCAUUCUGGUUGGUUCAUCUGUAGUUACUUUAUUUUGCACAAAAUUGUAUUUGUAACAAUAAUGGAAACCCUAGAAACCAUUACCAAAUUUUUUUGAAGCCGGACUACGUCUAUCAGAAAUGGUGACAAAUCAGAAAACAGAGCAUGUUUUUAUUAAAUAGAAAUAACAAAUGCAGCGUUGGUUUUUCGGAAAAUGUCGAUAGAAAAAAUAUUGCAAUUUAAGCUCCGCCCGUUUUCAAUUUAAGGAGUAAUCAUAGGCUAUUCGUGACUUCGUAGCAUUUACGAUUCAUCGGUCAUCCAGCUAGUAACCAGAUGGCAGCAAGAUUUUUCAAAUAAUUGAGAGUUCAGUUUUCAAAAUUGUCUUUUUAAAGGCUAGUAGCGAUUGAACUGAUAAAUUUUUAAGCCUCUGUCAUUCAAACCAGCGCCACAUUAUCAUGCCGGGGGUUGGGGUUCGAUUCCAGCUCAGACCAGGGAACUUUUCGUGGAAGAAAGUUCUUCCGACAUACUCUGGUAGACGCGUGAGAACACACCGGCACUGAAAAUACAGGCGUGUUAGUUGACAAAAUAAAUCUCAACUAAGUACUAAUAAAAAUAAAGCUAGUUAACAUCUACGUUGUGACGAUAAAAGUUCCACCGGGCACAUUAGUGCCAUUCAGGAAGUUAAUUCAAACCAUGAUCAUCGUUAUUCAAGUCACAAUCUCGAUCCAGCUAGCAGACAGUACUCUUUCUAAAUGCCGAUGUCAGUCCCAGCUGCUUGAUACAAAGGAACACAGUGGUGCAAUUUUGUUCGGUGAGUGGAACACAUCGAUUUACAUGCCAUCUGGUGAAAAGUGCUUCUGUUUUGUUGCACCUCAUCAUUUCUGUAUCUGUACUGGCGUGUAAGCUUAGGAUUUAGAAAACUAUUAUCCAGACAUCCAAACUUUCCUUUGUCUAGUCCAGAAUUUUUAAUGAUUCGUCCGAAUUUCUCCAGAUAUAUCGCUUCAACUUUCGUGGAACUUGAUGAGUUUUUCGCAAUUACAUCCAUUUAUAGCAACCUAGGCUGUAGUCCCUUGUGAAACAACAAAUUUGAUGAGGUUCGUGAGUUUCUGAAAAUGGAGCCCAUGAGAAUGUCACACCCACGCGCGAAUAGAUGGCUAUUAUUAGAAGCAUUCGCUCAGAGAGUCCUUGGUAGGUUUGAUGCUCUACGAAUCUAUUUUAUUUUCAUGAUAAAUGUUGAUUAUGUAGAGUUGGCCAUAGUGGUAUUAAUCUAUAACUCGAUUAACGAUCAAUUUUAUCUACUCUAUUCGACUGAUGUGUCAUAUAUUCUCAAAUUGAUGAAUGAAACGAACAAACUCUUGAAAGGUAAGCCUUUGGAGUUGCAAGAUCUACAUUCUGGCAUUUCACGACUUUUCCUAGCAGUACCAGAUUUUCUUGAAUAUAGUGUUUAACAUAAGCAUACCGUUCCAUAUGCAUCAAAUAUUAAAUAACAUUGAACAUCGCAAUUCACACUUGAAAAAAAAAACAUUUAAAAAAAUAAAAUCGUCCAGGAAAAUCCAAAUUUUUCGUUCAACUGCAUCCAGACUCUACUGAAAAAUACUUCGCAACCCUGUCGUGAUGCACUAAAAAGACUGUGCUCGCCAUGGCCAACUUCUGUUUCUAUUUUACUACCGUGUUGAACGGACGUGAAAAAUGUUUCUACUCAGAAUGCAUUCUUGGAAUGUGCGGCAAAGUAAGCAUAGUACAGAGCUUGAACUGACGGGCAAGAUCAAAGCCGAAGAGAAAUAUUAAAUGAGACGUGUUGCGUCGGUUCUCAUACCGUUAGGUUGAGAUUGGUUGUGUAUGAUUGAAUCACACGUAUCGAUUGUUGAUUUUAUGCGUUAUCAAAUGAGGGGCUUAGAAUGAAAGGGGUGUAAGUGAUUUGAUCGAUUUCUCUACAUCGACUCUCUCUUUUGGUCAUAACUUAGCUCCAAACUCAUUCCCAGCUGUAUUCAACAAUGUGGAAGAUGGGUCAAAACCUCAUCUAUCGGAUUCUACAGUAAACUCAAAUUGGAACGUUUUUGUAGUUGAGUUAUUAACUAAAAGAAAAGUUGAUGAAGAGAAAUCGAUCAAGUCACUUACACCCCUUGCAUUCUAAGCCCCUCAAAUAUAUAAAGAUGAUGGGGGAAUGAAUAUGAGGGACUUAGAAGAGAAGAGGUGUAAGUGAUUUGACCGAUUUCUCUUCAUCAACUUUUUCUUUAGUCAAUAACUCAACAGCAAAAACGUUCCAAUUUGUGUUUGCUAUAGAAUCCGAUAGAUGAGGCUCUGACCUAUCUUCUACAUUGUCAAAUACAGCUGGUAAUGUGUUUGCAGCUAUGUUAUGAACAAAAGAGAGAGUCGAUGUAGAGAAAUCUAUGAUGUCACUGACACCCCUUUCAUUUUGAGCCCCUCAUAUGGAAUCGCCUUGAGCCGUACUGUGUUUAGCACGAGAAGAAUAUUCGCGAUGCAUACUACGUGCAUUUGGCAAUCAAGACACAAAUUUCGUGUACUGUUUUCGUGAGAACAGGAAUGAAUCAUGAAUCACUUGUCUCCAACUGCUUCUACAAAAUGUAGGCCACAAAACUUUCGAAAAUGUGAUCUUGUGAUGAAUCUGAAGAUUGCAGGUUCGUGUCCUGUCACGGUCGCCAUCUGAUGAGAUCACGGUUGUGUUCGGGAAAAUAAGUAUAUACGCAUGAUUUGGGUUUGAGAUUGUCGGAUAAGAGUCCAACUCGUUUUCUUCUACGUAAAGUUUCCUGUGUACAUGAUUAUGCUAUGAUUAUUCUAAGGUGUUGUCAGACGCAAUUUUUACAAGACAUAGAAAGAUAGCUUCUUCGAGCUGCAAAAGUAAAUAGGGGAAAGGAAGUGAAAACACACAUGUUUCUCGAAACGCUACAUGUGUUUACCAUUCAUUACUACUAAAGGCUAAGCGGAAAGAAAACAAACGUACAGCUUCACUUGGUGCGCUUCGAAUUACGCAAACAUAAAUAAUAAACAGACCCGUGGCCCAGUAAGGAGCUUCGGAAUUGAGUGAAACUUUAUGGUUGCACUGCCGGGCGCCCUCGGGGGAGAUUGUGUGCGAUCUCGGGUAAUCAUAUUACAAAGAGUUAUUUAAAUAAAAAUGAUGUAUUCCAAUGUAGAGAAAAGCAAAUUGAAAUUUUUAUUUUUUUGCUGGAAGGGAGCUUCUGUGAAUUUUUGAGCGCAUUCGGAUUUAUUGGUGUAAUAAUGACGAUGUUUUAAAUUAUAGUAACUUUCUCAGACUCUCAGACUUUCUAGGUUCAUUCGUCUCUAGUCCUGAAGAAGAUCAAUUUGGAAAACAAAACUAAACAUUCGGCCUCGAGAAUGACCAUUUGGAAAGCCUUGCAGCCGCUGCCAUCUGGACGCUAGGAAGAUGACAGCUAAAUCGCGAAUGACUUAUUGGUGACUUUUUCCGAUCCAAUCAACAAGCUUUCGUGAGUUCGAGCUGUGUUUCCGGGUUAGAAAACUGCGCACUUCGGUGGAAAACUGAAGGUGAAAAUUUGCUCCGCAGAUUCGGUUCGAAUUUUAUAGCCCUACGUUAACAAUGCGGUCGUAUCUUGGACAUCACCCUUCUUAAUUGUUUUUUGGCGUCACGUGUUUGUGCCUCCUCUGGAAAAAUAGGUUGAAUACCGUUGCUCUAAUUGCACAUUUUUGUAAAAAUUCUUUGUGCAAGUUUCUACAACACGAUAAAUUUUAGGAGUGUUUUCAACCAUUUUACUAGAUCAUGUAUUUUGCACACUUUUCUAACGGUUAUAUCUUAGAUUUUCAACUAUUUUCAAAGCUCGAUUUUUUUAGACUAUUUUCAAAGCUCGAGUCAUGAGACUUCAUUUACAUUUAUUCAUUGCCAUUUUGUGACUGGUCAUUUUUAAUAUCCUGACAAGUGUGUGAUUUUCUCAUUGAGUUACUCCGAAAGUGCAACGCAAAUCAGUGGUUCAAGGGGAAAUGACAACAAAAGAGCACGAUCUGCACGCACAUUCACAGACUUUACAUUGGCUUGGACAGCGAGGAAGUGUUUUGCAAAAUCACUCCUACUAGCGUAUGCAAAAUUCACCAAUCAAAGCUGUUGGAUGUUGGCAAUUUCCGAGUUUGAAUCGUCUGCAAAAAAAGCUCGACUUAUUCCCAAUUCCGGUUUCCGCUGAUCAUCCACUAUAAGUUGAAUAUGUGGUCAAGAUAAUCGCAAACCGGAAUCUCCUCAUUUAGUUUGUCGAAUGGGAUGAAACAAAACUUCUUCAGAAUCGAUUGUCCGAGGAUGUUGGAGCAGAAAUUCCAUUGGAAGGGAAGACAGUAUCGGCUACAAUACCGAGCUGUACGGGGGUUCAAUUGCUCACCAGAAGCAUAACUUCGAUUCCCAUCCUCCUAUCCCAUAUCAGUAAAGAAGGCAUUUAGCACACUCGCACUGGUACUCUACGACCAGAGAACAUGCUUGAAGGAAGAGACCCUGACCAGUGCUAUGAUCAUUGAGCUGAACAAAGAUGUCUUCGAUCAGAUACUGUCAACACUAUGAGUGGAAGGAUGUCACCACCUAGGGAGUCUUUUUAACCUGGAAGUAAUUUUUUCUAAAAGAUCAGAUAAUUCUCGACUGCAAUGCUUGAAUUGAGUAAAUAAUUUGGUUACAUUAUAUUGGUAUAAGGUUGUGUGAAAAAAUAUACAAAUAUAUUCAGAUCAAAAUAAUAACUUGAUGAGGAGAGGACUCUAUUUCAAUAUCUGAAAUGGAUUUAAAUAUAUUUCACAAAUUGAUUGAUUUUUAUUCGUGAUUUCAUUAUUUCAUAAAUUUAUAGUAAUUUUGACUACAAUUUUUUUCAUAUUGAUCCUCUUUGCCAAAAGUUAUGUUUGUUAUGCGCUGCAACAUUCUAAUAAACAUCAAAAGAUUAUUUUCUGAGAAAAUUCUUCUCUAAAAAUAAAAAAAGACCAUAAAAUAUAACCACAUCACUUAAGGGGGGACCCCUGUCUGGAAGGUCCGAAAAUUUCGUGAAUUUUUUUCGGAUGUUACGAAUAAAGUGAAGUGCUCGGGUAUUUUGGUUAUUGUUUAAGGUAUAUUUGAAGAUGUAUUUUACAUUUUUUGAGUGCAGGAAUUGCUGUUGACAGCUGGAUGCGUGGAUGCUGUCUGAAAAUCGGUACAUUGCUGGUGGUAUCGAUUCUGAAGCAACGGGGUGUCCUAAAACAAAUUCCAACGAAUAUAUUGAAAGUUUAGGACAAUACCUAAGGCGUUACAUAGGAGUUUUUGAAAAUUCGAAAAAUUGCCAGAAUGGUGACCAUUUUCGUUAAAAAUGAGUUAUUUUUCAUGCAAACUCGCUUUUUAGAAGCUCAUAAAAGCGCUUUAGAUAAUUUAUUUUUACGUGCUGAUAAUAAAUUUCAGCCAAAUCGGUUGAGUAGAUCCUGAGAUAUCGAUACCACCAGUUGAGAAAACAUGGUUUCGAGAAAAACGCGUUAAAAAAUACAGCUAUUCUAUAUCCUUCAUACUUUUGGCUGUCACUUUCUAACGGAAUCGAAUAUCGAAAAAUCCUUUUAGGACAACAUGUUUGAGGACAUAAGCUUCCUAAAAAUGCAAAAAACAAAUAUUAAUUAUUUUCGAUUUUCCAGACCGGGUCUCCUCUUAAUUAAUUUAAGCAAUGCAGUCGAAAAUUAUCUACUCCUUCAGGAAAAUUUACUUCUAGGUAGACUCGAAAAACAUUCGAAAACGACCAAUAACUGAGAAUUUUCAGUAAAUUUAAUUUUAAAAUCACUGUAUCUCAGAAACGGUAGUGUUAGGUAGCUUGAUGCGAUGUAUUCGAGCACCCCUCGUGUACCAAAGUUCUCUAGAUAAAAUUGUUAAUUAUAACUAGUUACGCAUAGUAGGCUUUGCUUUUGCGAAAUUGUAACUUAGUUGUACUUCGUACUUAGUUGAGAUUUAUAUGCCGAAUAAUACGUCAACAGGCCAGAACGGGAAUUGAACCCGAACUCCCGGCGUUAUAAUGUGGGACGCUAACCACUCGGCCACAGAAGCACUAUUAUAUAUCUCUCGAAUAAGUGUAUCAUAUUUAUUCUCACCCGUUUACAUCUAUUUUCACGUGAAUAAAUCCGUUCAAUUUUUUUUUGAGAAAAUUGAGUUUUAAGUGUUAUUUUGCGGAAGACAUCAAAUCAAUCGGACCAACCGUUUCUGUGUCAUUUUUUUUUGAAAUUUUUGAAGCAAUUUUUGUUUGGGCCCUUCUCGAAAGUAAGGCUAGAGUCAAAAUGGAAAGCCGAUUAUGCAAAUUUUCCGUUUUGGUCAUAAAGAAUGCGAAAAGAAAAUUUGAGUCAAAUAAAAAAAUAUAAAAACAAAAUUUAUGAAAACAAAUCGUCAUUUCCGGUGGAACAGCUCAAAAGGCGUUUGUAUUUUUUUUUUAACUCAUUAGUUUGUUGUUCUGUUAUCCAAAAUGACACAAAAUGACAAUUCGCUGUGGAGGAAGGAUUCCCGAGAAACACAAGCUCUUUCUUCGAACAUUACAAAUAAAGCAUACUUAGUUGUUAAGGAUUAGCUCAUUUUUUGUACAUUUUUAUACAAAAUAAAGAAUAUAAACUCUUCGUUUUAAGGUUAGGUGAUACAGAGUGAGAGAAGCAAAAAGGGCAAGAGCCGAAUUGCGUAGCAAAAACUGUUAAUAUGUUUUCCCACUAUUUUUUUUUUUGUUUGUUUUAAUUUGUUUUUAAGCGUUUAAGUUUUUUUUUCGUUCAGUUUUCUUAAGACAACAAUUUAACUGAAUAGGUCCCACCACUUAGUCGGACACAUAAGUGCAAGAGAUUUUUUUCUAUCGAAACAAAAGCCAAAAAGAAGCCAAUGCGCGAGGAGAUGAGUGAAAGAAGAGAGAUGACAAAAGGAGAGGAAGAGCGCGACAAAAUACUAUAUUGAUGAAAUAAAGAGAAGCCAAGAAGAAUGUGAACUCUAGUUGUGUUCGUUCGUUUUCUACAUUCUAUUUUUCCUGUGUUUGUGAAUUCUCUGUGGUUUAAUUUCGAACGUUUAUUUAACUUUCUUAACUUUUUCGUUUAGAAGCAACAUAUCCCACGUAGAGAAAGUCGAAAAAUCGUUUCCGAAAUCUCAAAAAAACAUGCAUACACCACACUCACUCACACACACGAUAACAUACAUAAAUUGCAACCAAACAUAUUUCGGACGGAGAAGAAGAAGAAAAAUUAUAAAACCGAGGAGAUAAGACGACGCGCUAACUCUUAAGAGCAUAUUACCGACAAGAGAAGAUGAUGCAUAUAUAUACAUAUAUUUACAAACAAUUUGUCAGAUUAAACAACACUUAAGGAAAAAAAAAGUCUUUAAACUAUUGUAUAGAGAUUAAAGAAUAAUCAAUAAUGUAUGGUGGUCCAAUGUUGAAAUAAUAUUAUUUUAUUAUUAUCGAAAGUAUUGCGAUAAACGCAAAAAAAAAAGGAAUAACCAAUACCAACUAAGCUAAAUUAAUGGACGAAGCAGAAACACAAAUUUAGCAAAGGCAGCAAACCAAUUUUAGCGGCAGGAGGAAGAAGGAAGAAGAGGAAACACACAGAACGAGGAUAUUCCUUACACAACUCGCGAGAAGUUCUAUACAGCUUUUCGUCGGAAACAAAACAAGAAGCAGAAGAAGAAGAAGAAGAAGCAAAAAACCACAAACUAUCGUAGCAAAAAGACAUCGUGAAUAAUCAAUAACAUAGCAAAAAAAAUAUCAUUUUAUCCAGACUUUAUUAGGGAUGUAAGCAAACCAAGAUAAAUCAAUUAUUAGUUUAAAAGGCAAUCAAAUCUUACAUUAACACGCUCCCGCGCAUGUUGUAGAUGCGAGAGACUCAGUCAACGAGAAUCUGUCCACCAGGCUUGUGUUGGUCAAGUGUACCUUUCUCUCUACCACCAACGCCCCCGCCCCAUUGACCCCCGAUUAUCAAUCCGAUGCGCGUGGUGCGCGUGUUCGUCUAUGGUUAGAAGAAGAUGAAAAAACAAUUUCAAGUUCAAUUCUGUAAUAUCUUUAUCAAAGGCUGUGGAUGUGUAAAUGUUUUGUUAUGUAUGUGCGUAAGUCGAAACAAAAAAAAAAGCGAAAACAAAAGCUAACUAACCACCAAGCGCGCUAGAGAAAGCUACUAGCGUGUUAUACAUUAAGUAGAUUAUUUUCUAUUAGAUUAGAUUACCUUAUCACACACACACUUUGUUAAUCACACCCGUUUUCGUACGAGCAAACGAGUUCUUUGUUCUUUGUUGCAAAACAACUGUGUUGUAACUAAUAUCUGUUAGAAGAAAGGAAGCAAAACAUAAGAGGAAGAAAAAAAUAUUCAUCAAAUGGCGCUAAUUAGACGAUAGAGAAACGAAGAUGAAUGCGGAAAAUAGAAAAUAGCAUAAAUCUAAUAUCAGCACCCGGAAAGCAAUCAGAGAAACAUAAGAAGAAGAAGAAGAAGAAGAAAACGAAACCCAAUAUCAAUACGUAUUAGAGGUAAAUAUCAUGAAACACGUUGCUCAAUCAAACACUUCUUGGUUUGUGUUCUUAGACUGCUUCAUAAAGGGAGUUUAUUUUUUUCUUCUAGGCAGAAGCAAACCAAUGAAUGGAACUUAGUUGUUGUGAUCAGUUAUUGAUGCGUUAGUAAUUUGUGAAGAAGAUAAAUUGGAUAGUUUUUCAGCUGCUGUGUGAUGCGGCACAGGAAUGAAUGGGGAGAAGCGGUUGAAACACGGUUAAAGAUAUGCCUGUGACCACUCUUGAUGUCGCUCGUAUCACUUCAUUGAUUAUUUGUUCCAGAGAGCAGAACGAAUAGGAAUACAGUUCUUUUCUCAGGUAUGUGCUGGAAGGAUUGUUUUACCCUUAGCUUGUUUGGGGGUGACCUUCCACAAUACAUUUAUAGACACCUAAAUCGCUUGGUUAAUAUAAUAUUCUGAUUAUGAUGCUUGCAGCCCCUGUACAGUACGGUAGUUUCUUUCACGAAAUUUUGUUCCAAGUCCAUCCUUAGCAAUGAGGUACAUAUACAGGUGGAGCAGUAGGCGAAGUAUAUCUGUAUUGGCAAGCAAAAUAUCGUGUCGUAAUUAUUUGCAUUCAAUAUGGAAUGUAUAUGGAAGAUACAAAACAACGUUCAAAGUACUCACGGUUGCAUGAUAAUUUGAGCCAAAAUUCUCAUGAAAUCAUUCACCUGGUUGUUUUUUAACAGAUGGCAAUUAUAUCGUGGCUUAUUUCGAUUACUCAUGUGGUAAAAAGGCCACAGAGCAGUCGUAUGCUUAGUUCUCGAAAGCAGUAACAUUUCCGGUGAAAUUUUGAUUAAUUGGUGAUUAUUAUCUAGCAACAUACACACCGACACUGAGAGCCUUCGAAACAUCAACUUCAUAACGGUAAAAUAAUGAAACUUCGUUUGUUUCUAUGGGGGAGUGAAAGUGGCACAUGGAAAUAUCACUUUUAUCCGUCUUUUUUCGACGUGAUUUCACGAAUAUUCACUGCACACUAUCACAUUAGCCUCAUAUUCAGCGGGAGCUCUACAAAAAUGUACGUUUUUAAUUGAUAAAUUACUUUCUGAAAAUAGCAUUUUUACAUGAAUGCGGUGGGCAAUCAAAGAUAAACACAACGACUGACGUCACUAUUUGCUAAAUAGUUACAUUUUUUCCAGGACAUUACAUCCUUAGUAUCCCAAUGGCAAACUUCAUAACAUUAGGCUGCAAUCUUUGACCUUCUUCCGGGCUACUUGGAUACCAAAGUGUGAUAAGGAUCUGUCACUGUCUUCACUUUUUGUCUGUGAUAAUGUGUAUGCUCGAUCGUUGUUUGGUCAUCGUAAUCACGCAAGAACAGGUUUCUAGAACCAUUGCCUUCUGCAGAACUGCAAAUUGAUUUGUCACUUGUAACUCCUCCAAAACCCGAAUGAGAGAGUGGUUGGCUUUUUCAGGUUGCUAUCAUCACCCCUGGAAUAAAAUAUUGAUGCACUAAAAAAAAAGUCGCAUUUGUUGUAGUUGUGCCAAGUCAUGACACUUGGUAUUAAUAAUGUCUACACCAGUGGUUUUCAGCCUUUCAGCCCCCUUUACGAAAAUUAAUCCCAGUGCUUACCCCCUAUCAGUAUUUUGUAAGAAAGUCUGUAGCAUCGGGUUAUAUUCGCAACAAAUUCGAGUUUAUACUUGUAUCUGAUUACAAAAAGGUAUAUAAAGUUUGGCGAGUCAGUAUGGCACCUGCACCUGAACUAUUUUCGCCAAAAUCGUAAUUCUUGAGAACGUUGUCGAAAAGCACACCUCAUGCCAUCUUCGAUAUCCACUCUGUUACGGUGUUUUAUUUCCAUCAGCAGCAUUGUAGGAAAUCUAGAUUCACAGAUUUCCAGAUUUCCAGAUUAACACAAAAGACACUACAAAAUUUUAAUUGAUCCGAAAAUUUCGUCACUGCCAGUCGGUCGGCAUUUUAAACCAUGUCCAUAGAGGCGAAUGAACUGCAAAUUUUAAAGCCUCUUAAAAACAAAGAAGAAGAAGAACCAUGUCCAAAUCUUUUUUUUUAUGUAAUGAAAAUUUGUUUCAAGUUUAACUUGUUGUAAAAAAGCCUUGACAAAUGCUGUACAAGUCUUUCAAACAUUGCGAAGUUGUUAAAUUGAACAUUAUAUUUCAGAUUUAGAAAUGUUUGCCGAGAAUCGCAAAUUUUAGCGUAUCCUAUAAAGAUUUUGUGGCAUUUUUUGUUAAUCAUUGUCAUUUCCAAAGCGAAGUAAUUGUGCAAUAUUUCCUAGCACAAUUCUCCUCUUUUGUUGACCAGAUUCCCCACUAGGGGGCACAUGUUUUGUCACCGCGAUUUAUUACAUCAAAUGAGCGUAAAAAUAACAGAAAUUGCGCUAUCCUUCAAUAGGUGUAUAUCAUUUGUAUAAUAUAUAUGCUAGAGCCAAUAUGAGCGAGCGAAACAGGAGACACAUUGAAAUGAAAGCUUUUCGUAUAGUUUGCCAAAUACACGGCCCAUAGAUCUCCUUUUUACUCUUAGAAAACGCUUUCCAACUUCAUUUUAUGAUGAGGUGUAAUAUUAUCACGCAUCUAGGCAACAGCACCAGUAGCUAUGUGGAUAGCGUGGUCGUGUAAAACAGUCUUAUAUACUAGCCGGCCUUGGUUCGAUCCCCGUUGACAUAUUCUGGACUUUUUUAUUUGGGUGCAAUCCCAAAACCGAUGAAAAUAUGAAAAAGAAAGAGAUGUCUGCUCUCAUACAUACAACAGUUUAAAGCUUUUGAGACAGAUGAUUUUAUUUGCUCAUUUGACACUUCAGGACACGAAAAGGCAUCUUUUCUGCCAAAGAUUAAAUGCUUUCUCUCAACGCUAGUUUGGGUGUAUCAAUAAUACCUCUUUCUUCUAUUCAUCAUAAUAUCAGUAUGCAAACAUCCGUGAUCCGAUUCAAGUUCAACUUAUAACAGUUAUCUUCCGGAUCCGGAACAGAAUAAAAGGGGUAACUUUAGCGAGUUGUACCGAUUGAGGGAUGCUGAUUCGGUUAGCGCUCCACAGCCUGCUAUUACGAAUUCAAUCUCUACGUUCUGCAACAAUCUAGCAUAAUUUCUUGCAAGAUGUAUUUUUGAACUGAAAUUGGAGAACCAGCUCCAUCUCUUUGAUCCUUAUGAAAACCGCAUCAUUCAGAUCCUCGACAACCAUAUACAUAACGGGAUGUAGGUUCAAUAUGAAUGAAAUGGAACUGGACGAUUUCCCUGAGAAGGACAGAGUUAACCAGUUUUAGCCAAACUCAUGGGAGAACCCCAGGAACAUGAAAGUAGAGAGAUAUGGUUUGCAGAAGAUGAGGAAUAUGACAAUCGACUUAAAGCAAUGGCUGCCUUUGUGGUUACCAUCCGUGGUUACCAUUGGACUGCACCAGAACCGAGUCAAAUUGUAUAACUUUUUCUUCCAAUUCAUAGGCGAAUGCUACAUGGCUUCAAAGUGGUACCAGAAAAUCCCUAAACAACUCCAAAGUUCGUGAUUAGAGUAAGGAUAUUUCAAGAUGACACAUUGAGUCUUCUGUGGUUGUGUCUUGCAAUGGACUCUUUGAACAGGGCACUCAGACGCAGCCGUCCCUGUCCGCAACGAUCAUAAAUCAAACCUUUAUGGACGACUAGAUACUUGUUGUGGGAUCAACAGAAGCGCUACAGCACCUGCGGCACUGAGUUAGUUGACCAAUUUUAACUCAGAGCGCUGGAUACAGGGUUGCCAACCUCCCAGUUUUUCCUUAAAACAUGCCAGCGAAACAGCCAAAUACAAAAAAAAAUCUCCUGCUUUUUAAAAUUUUUACAUGUUUCUCCAGCUUUUUCAUUUUUUCGUCAUUUUCAAGUGUUUUACUCCCUCAAAUUACACUCUUUUGUGCACAGAGUUGUUCACACUAGAAUGUGUUUGCCCUAGUAUGGCCCUGUGUGCAUUUUAUGCAUGUAAAAACAUGUAUGAGAGCAGCUGUGUGGGGAGGUGUGAAAUCCCCAUAUAACGAGGAUAAGGAACCUGAGCCGCCCCAAGCCGCCGAUGUGACGCAAUCCGUAUCGGACGCCGACCCAAUCGUUGAAAAACAAGUUUACUUGCGAGAGACCGCCGCUUCCGACGGCGGGUCAGCGUCCGACCCGGAUUGUGUCACAUCGGCGGCUUAAAACCGCCUCGUUUCUAUAUACUCGCUGGUUGAGGAUUUCGCCCCCAUUACAUUGGCCUCAGAAAAAUUUCAUUCCGAAAUUAUGAAAAUUACGCUUUGGUGGCGUUAAUACGUACGUACCAAUGCUACAUACUGACACUGUCACUGUAUAUCCUUAUUUUUAUUGCUGAUAUGAACAAAAUUGAGGAAAAAUUUUAAAAAUAAAACGAUUUUUCCUUUUCUAGUUUUUCCCAAAUUUUUCUAGUUAUCUCCGUUUUUUUCCAAAUCUUUCCAGCUUUUCAAAAAUUUGGUUGGCAUCCCUGGGUGGAUACGACCCUCCUGUGGAGGCGAUCUGGCGUAGCGGUAACAUCCAUACCUCUCACGCUAAGGAUCACGAGUUCAAUUCUCACUCCCGACAUUCUUCCAAAAAUGGAAGUAAAAGUGACGAACCAGCCAAAAUGUGUUGAAAGUCACUUUAAUAGAGAAAAAACAGAUAUGGUAUCUCGUAAGUAUCUCACCUACGCAAUCUUGGGAGUAUGACGCCCUGACAACAGUUACGAUAAAUUGCAGCUUCUUUGAAUUCUCUACGACUUCCAGGUACACCGGUAGAACUUCCUGGUUGAGUACUUGAAUUGCAUUCAUUCGGAAUUUCAUGCCCCUUCGGAAUUUUGUGUUGUGAGGGGAUUUCUAUCCUGUAAAACGAGGUUUCUGUUGCAUCCAAAAAAAAAAACAAGUUGGUUCUUAAGUUGACUUCGUCGUUGAUGCUCUGGCGGUUCUUUUCCUCUAAGUUGUACAAUCGAUUCACCCCUUUCACUAAGGAACGAUGCGCUAAGCCUAUCAGAGCUCCUUCUCGACAUAUCGUACCCUCUCAACCCAGUUUUCUUUACACUUCCAACUUCAUGGGUUUCAUUUCUAUACUUCAAUCAUGCGGCCAUGUUUUUGGUGCCAACAUCUCGAGAACAAAACAGCUGAAAUGUAUACGUUCAUGAACCCGUUUUGAGCCCUACUAACAGCUGUGUGAGGUUAGGUUAGGUAUUGUAUUAUAGAGACUUUAAACUUUUUCAGUUCAUUCGUCUCUAGCCUUGAGAAAGGCUCUUGGAAAACUUUAUUCUACUCCAGCACUACACCUCCAUUGCCUUGAGAAAGGCGCUCGAUCCCUCGCCCUCCAGCCCGUCCAGCAACGAUGUUGUCCAGUCGGUGCCCACGCAACGAAUGAUGGCUGUGUCAGCUGAGAUGCAGACAUAUUUGUAGUUUUGAACCCUGCCAUGUUAGCAUCAUCCGAGCACACACUGAAAUACAGGCGGUAGCACGGCCCUGAUUCCAUCUUGAGAAAGCAUAUUGUGUGAAAACAUAACAAGUCUCCAUUUGUAUAACGUUGACAGCCUGUCAAAGUGAUCGACUAAAGCUGCUUCUUUUAUUCGUUAUUCUAUUUGUAAAAGUCAAUUCGUUCAUCCUUACGUACAUUCCGUUCAUGUCAUUGAAGUCCUCAGACAGACGCUGAAUGCUGAACGGAAGUCGGGCUUAUGACUCGCCGGACGUUGACGAGAUACACCUUGCGGACGAAUGUCUUGAACGGUUGAUAAAAUUUAAAUGCGAUAUGGGUAUGAACCUCCCGUUUAGUGGUCAUCGGAGCAACAUCGUUGCCGGCGAGCGUCGAGCUGGAAUGGAUUGUCUUUCUUAAGACAGGUGAAAGAGGAGUAAUGGAGUAGUUUUCUUUCCAUAAGGGCCCUCCUCAGGACUAGAGACGAAUGAACUAUAAACUCUAUAAACCAAACAAGGAAGGAAGGCUAUAAAUUAUGUGUGUGUGUGCAGUAAACCAGUCAAAUCGUAAAUCGUAAGGCGUAAAUUUUUUAAGGCAAGUUGCACUACUCAAAGCAUUGCUUGUAUUACGUGCCAUGUAACAGGAUACGAGGAAGGUGCUUCCUUGUAUCCAGAGUUGGACAAACGUCAAAAACUGUAUCGAGACCGAACUUCGCAGGACUGAAUUUGAUGCUAAAACCAAACCCACUUCCACAAGACAUCUUUGCUAACAAGAACGUUUUCAGCCGAAUCGAUCGCUCAUAUGCCUAUACUCAAGUUGUUGACGAGUUGAUGGUUUGCUUUCGAGAUUAUUUUAUGCGUAGUGCGCUAAAGAUGAGGCGCUGUUACACAGACUACUUUAAGGUAAACUAUUUCUGGCGCAUAUUAGUACCCAACAUUUAACAUUUUCCGAGUGAUCAACGGAAACCACGCCAUAUUCAACCGUGUUUCACUGUUCCUCCAAACCGUGACAGCAGCUGCCUCAUGUAGAGUUUUAAUGCUCGUUUCGCAAUCAAGGUGGUUCGGUUCCCAGAUUAUUUUCCAAUCCCUGCCCCUAGAUAGCGUCCGAAUACACGGCCGAUCAAAUAUUGUGCAAUAGUUCUGCUAUCAUUGCGGAACAACAUCUAUCACUCACUCUCCUCUUCCCACCCUCCCGAACCAAUCAACGAGGUUUUAUUACAGUUUUAUGACUGGCGUGAUGACUCCUUAGGAACCCAGCAACAAUCCCUCUCUCUCAGUUGAUACAAGCAAGCUAACGGAUGCAAAUGAGAAUUCAAAAAAUAAACAGAAAAAAUCUACACUGUACUUCCCACCUAACUAUACACUACUCUACUCAAAGCAGAGAACCAUCACAAAAUAAUACGAACAAAAAAAAGAUAAGUAAGAAUUCAAAGAUGCGAAAGCAAAUGCGAUCACUUUACUGUAAGAAUGAAUAAACAAAAUACAAAAGAAAACGAAACAAAAAAAAACUAAGUAAAACAAGAGAACGCUAUUUUGACUCAAACUUUUUAAAAGAUAUUUAGUGCUACGAAAUGCUUUUUUCUUCGUUUCAUAAAUCAGACUCUUAUUUAUCGUUUUUUUCGGUAAGUACGCGCUAGAAGAAAUUAAGGAAUUAAACAAAAAUAUCAAAAUUAAGCCCCCCUCCCAAGUCAAAAGGUUGAGUAAGGGUUAAGCAAAGAAAUGGAGUUAGGAAGAAAAAAAAACACUGGAAUAAACGACAAUAUUGAGGUUAUUCAAACAUAUCGGUUUUUGACGUUUUUCAGUUUCUUGUGAGGCACACAAACACACAGACACAUGACAUUAGAAUGACAUUCGCGGUGUGUGUUGAACCCAUCUAACGACGAGGAUAAUCAGAUCACAGUGUUGAAAAUAGUUUUGGUCUCAGAAAGCAUCACUUUUGUAUUUCGCACGAGAGGGAAUCUUUUUCGGGACAUAACUGAAAGAAGACAGCAAAUAUUUACUAAAACAAAAAAAAACAAGAAAAACCAACCCUAGAGUAAAUUUAGAGGUAUCGUAAACAUUGAAGAAAAAAAAAGUACUUUAAAACAUGUAGCACGUAGUUGAUAUUCUAGCUAAAUUUGUCCGGGGGAGGAUAGAACUCGGCCGCUCUCCCCCCCCCACUCACACAAACACACACACACGAAAUAAUAUAAGCAAGCUAGACGUGAUGUAAAUCUGUUUGCGGUUCGUCUUCCGUUAAAAGCGGGGCCUCCUGACGCUGACGGGCAUCACUUCCCGAAGGGAAGCGCCAUCCUUUUAGAGCAAUGUCAAAUUAUAUCCUAACCCCCCGUCAACAAUGAUGAAAAAAGCAACAAAAAGUAAAAACAAAAGAACAACAUGAAGGUAAAAAAAAGUAUUCAUUCUAAAUGUUUCAAACAAGUAUAUUUAAUGUAUUAGAGAAGCAAACAAACAACAACAACCAACAAACUAACCAUUGUAGUAACUAACUUUUCUCAGAUUUACUGAACCUACUGCAAGAAGAUGCAAAACAAAACAUAGAAAACCUAAAAAAUCCGACGAUAGACGAAAAGAGACGAAGGAUGUAUGCAACCAGUUUUACGACGGAUACCACCAAACGGAAGUCGUCGCACCCAAGCGCGAACAGAACAUGGAAAAAAAACGAAAAGUAAACCAGUAUAGAGAGGCAAGUGUCAAUUAUUUAUAUAAAUAUGUGCCUAUAGAGAAGAACACAAAAAAACAACUUACGAUAACCGUGAAAUUUUAAGAAACAUGAAAAAAGUCAGCGAAAUGAAAAUGCCCACAGCAAAAAAAAGUUGUCAGUUUGAGAGGAGAGAGAGUGAAACAAAAAAAAAAAUAACCAACCGAAGAAGCUGUCCCAUACUACUAUUUUCGUUCACUCCACCAGGUGAACACUUCCCCCAACGUUCCGCCCCAAAAAAAUCGUAACGGAAAGUCAAUCUGUCAAUUUGUCGUCUUCUUUCGCAACGACUACUCUCCGAUUCGAAGCACUCGCGUGUCUUUCAACAAAACAUUACCAAAACAAACAAACAAAAAAACGCGAAACUAUUUGUUUCCACGUUCCUUUCCAUUGUUCCAUUUUGAGGUUAUGUGCCAAAAAUUACAAACAAACGAACGAACAAUUUAACAAAGAAAGGAAGAAAAAAAAACUGCAAAUUAGUGACAUAAAUUGAAGAAAUUUUAAAAACAAUUACUAGCGACCAAAGUAUUGAAUAAAAGCUUUUUUUAAAUUCAACACAAAAUCUUGCUUGUUAGUUGCUGUUUUUCCCGUUAAAAGAAGAUAGCAAACGCGCAGAAAGCACAGAAUGAUAAAAACGCAAACAAAGUUGGCGGUGUCACUGUCACCGGGAUUCGGUGCGCUAGUGUUUGUUCAUCACAGCUCCCAACGUGACACACAGACCCCACCAUCCCCAAACCCUGUCGUAAAACAUUCUCCCAUACUCGCUCGCGUACACAAACACACAAAGAGGAAGCAAAGCAUUUUCAAACACUGACAGAACAAAAGUGGUUCGGAGGUUUACCAUUCAAACAAACAAAUCAAAAUAACGCAUUUUACAACGAAUUUUUCGCUAGCUUUUUUGUUAAUCAUUCGAAUGAUCGAAGCUAUUUUCUGUUUUGAAAAAAAAGCAACAACAAUUAAACACACACUAUUGCUGCUUUUGUUUACGUUUACUCUUCGGGAUGCGAAUUUCUGACAAAACACUAACAAGUUGAACACACAAAUACGAGAAAAAAGAAACACUGCACUGCAAUUGGUGACAAUGAAGGCAUAUGCAAAGAGAAAAAGGGCGAUAUCAGGACCGAAGUGAAGACACAUAUGAAACGUAAACACAUUGACACAUUGACACUCACACAUACAAAAAACAACAACAACAACAACAACACCCAAAACCAAACACACAUGUGACAUUGAGAUGCAUACAAUAUGAGAAAUGGUAAGGUGAUUAGAAUUAAACAUAUCGUUUGCAACAAAAAAAAAGUAAGACAUCAACAUAGUAGUUAGUAGCAAAUAGUAGUGUGUGAGCAACACACCAAAAAUACAUGAACAAACAGAUAAAACUGAUACAUUUGAGUGGAGAAGAAGAGAUAAAAAAAUCCAAAAGAAUUUAGUAAAUUUUGUGCAACACACUACUGAUGAUUGCUGAUAGAGCAAAUCCAAUACUUAUCCCGUCAUAAGCAAAUGCUAUACAUCUUAGAGCGUAAACUUGUAAAACGAUUAUGUCAAGGCAAAAUCAAAGCAGCAAUGCUAAUCAAAUUGUAAGAUUAAAUGUCACAACACUAUAUACUUGAAAAAAAAAAGCAAAAUA